AUGAUGAUGUAUCUGAUUGCCACUGCAGACUAUACAGGCAUCACAGACAACCAUCUAAGCUUUGUAAAGGGCACCAAGAUAGAGUACAUUGAGAAGACCGACAAUGGCUAUAUAAGAGGCAAAGUAGAUGGCAAGAUUGGUCUAUUGCCAUCGUCACACAUUACAAUAGAUACCAGGCCAUUAAGUGUCAUACAACAAGCUCAAGCUCAAGCUCAAUCCCAAGCACAGGUUCAGGCCCAACAACAGACACAGACACACACAAUGGAGACUACAAAGACUGAUGAAUGGUCGAAUGAUACAAUGAAUGAGUUGGACGCUCCACCAGUGAAUAAUGGCACACCAUCAUUACAUGAUGACGAUGAUAAUAUCCCCAUUGAAGCAUUGGCCAUUUCAAACAUGACUUCCCCAUCAAUUGAAUCAACUACUACAACAACAACAACCACUGCAACAAAUAUAUCUGGUGGUGGCGGAGGCGGUGCCGGUGACAAUCACUCACCUUCGAUGUUGACGUCGAUGAUGUUGGAGCGACUUCAAUCGGACCACAGGAAGGAGAGUGGCGGCUCAGGCUCACUCGAGCAUCCCUGUGUCGACUCGAGCGAGGUGACGGGCGUCGACAAGAAGAUCAAGAAACAACAGAGCAGCAGUAGCAUGGCGAAUACCGGAAUGGGACUAUUCCAUCGCUCCAAGAGUGGAUCAAUCACCAAACAUCUGCUGCCGGACGGCUCGCCCAAGCGUCGUUACGCCAAUCGAAAGAGAUGUCCGCGCUUGGUCGUCAGCACAUUUGACGACCUCCCCGAGGACAUUGUCGCCGACCUGAAACAGGAGGACAUCCCAUUCGAGGACAUCAAAAACAACUUCAAGGUGUUCCUCACCGUGCUCAAGUUCCUCACGCGUCAGAAGAUCACCUUUGUACAUCCAGACGAUGAUUUGCUCACAAUAGAGGCAAGCACCGAGGCAUCAGUCGCAGAGAGCCUCGUAGCUCCAGCACCUGUGGUCAACAAGCCACGCUCAAAGACAAUGGAGGAGAUCCAGACAUCAUCCAUUGUCAUUGACAAGGAGCAGAUCGUCUCCAACAACGAAGAGGAGAUGAAGAAGAAGCUCCUGGACCUCAAACUACGACGAAAGAUCAGACUGGCGGGCGCCACUCCUGAGUUCCUUGCCAGCGUGGCCACAACAAUCAAAGAGUAUCCAGACAUCAAGAAGCGCAUCAAGUUUGGCAACCUCCUUGGUAAAGGUGGAUAUGGAAAGGUGUUUGAAGCUCAUUAUGACAAGAAGAAGGUGGCCAUUAAGGUGGUACAUUAUAGGACACCAAAGGAACAGCACAAUGUAUUGAUAGAGGUUGGAUUCCUCAAGCGAUGUGAUCAUCCCAACAUCAUUGGUUACAAGGCAUCGGUGCUGCACGUUGAACAACUAUUCAUCAUUAUGGAGUACAUGCAGGGUGGCACGCUGGAGCAGGCAGCCGUCACCUCUUCACACGUGUUCAAAGAGACACAAAUCGGAUACAUUGGCAAGGAGAUACUCAAGGGAAUCGCCUACAUGCAUCAAAACAAGUUGGUGCACCGCGAUAUCAAGAGUGCCAAUGUCAUGAUCACAGUUGGUGGAGAGAUCAAACUUGUUGACUUUGGACUAUGCUCAUCAGUUGAGAAUGAGGUGUCCAACCAUUUAGUGGGCUCGCCAUUCUGGAUGCCUCCAGAGAUGGUGAAGGGCGAGCCACAUUCAUACCCAGCGGAUAUAUGGAGCUUUGGAGUGUGUAUGUUGGAGUUGAUGUAUAAAAAGCCACCACAUCGCGAGUCACGUAUGCGUGCAAUGUUUACAAAUGCCACCAAGGGAAUUGAUGUGGCGCGACUCAAGUGCUCACUGGACCUCAAGGACAUGCUCUGGCAAUGCUUUGAAAUGGAUCCCAACAAGCGAUCGAGUGCACAGAAAUUGUUAAGGCAUCCAUUCUUUGCCAGAGCCGAGACCAAGCAGGGUAUGAAGGGAUUGUUUGACAAUAUGUUCUUGCAGAGGAACCUCAACACCACUGGAUUCUUACAC